AAAAACAAUAACAAUUGUGCAAGAAGAAACAGAGAAGAAAUAAAUUAGUGCAAGAUUAUGUUGCAAGAUCAUUGUGGAAGUAAGGCAGAAUAAGUGAACAACGAUAUAAAGUAGGCUACAUGUAAGAUACAAUAAGCUAAAUGUGGCAGAGAAUGCUGAAAGUGAUCAAGUUAAUGCAGGUGUCUAUGUAAAAUAGAACAAGAUGAACAAGAACAGAAUGUAAAAUGAAUUACUGUACACUGGAAUAAAUACUACUUAAUGUAUAAAUGAAUCUGCAACCUAAUGACGUGACCCUGACCCAUACAGCUGUCUUACCUUGAUCUCAUCGAUCAUGUCUUGGGUAAAAACUCCCUUUUCAAUAAGACCAUCAUAAAGGUUCGAUGGGUCCAAGUCUCUCACCAGACUGGUCCUGCUGCGCUGGAGGAUCUUCUUUUGGCGUUCCUCCAUUUAAUACUACACACUAAUUCGUCGAGGUAGACAGAAAAAUAUCGUAAAAGCCGUAUAAAAGCCGAAAAUCUUGUUUCAACAACAGAGCAAGUCGUUAUCCUUAAAUUGUGAAAGCGAAAUGAUACGUUGUUCCCGUAAAGAUAUUAGAAGUUCCUGUCUCAUUUCUCUUGUUUCCUCUCGGUUGCAUUAGCAAUUUCCUUGUUUACAUCACCGCUGUCUGUGAUUGGUCCACUGAGAGACUACCUACAGAAAAAAACAGGGUGCGCUUGAUUUUAUUUACCGCACACCGCUGCCGCAAUACCAGCGUAACAUAAUGCAUGAACACGGAGCGACGGGCGAUAAACCGAACACAAACAUAUGAAGCAAAUGAUUAGGUGUCAUAAAUACUCAAUAUCCCCAAAUUAAUUUCGACACUGGGCGCCUCCCCCUCUCUCUCCUAUCAGCAGCAGUUUGUGAUCUCGCCCUGGAGGAGCUGCGGAACACACCCUGUGCAUCUCGCUUUCUCUUCACAUCAAGCCGAGGAACAUCAAAACGCUCAUCAAAUAUGUGACGUACGACCGGCUGACUGCAUCUGCUUCAGGUUUCUGCGAUGAUGGCAGGGUCAAAGAUGUCCGCACCGCUGGCUCUGGUGCUGGUCCUCUCGGUGCUGCUCACAGGAGUGGCCCAUGCUGCUGGGCCUGAGAUGGACCCAUACAAAAUCCUGGGAGUAACCAGGAGUGCAAGCCAGGCGGAGAUCAAAAAGGUUUACAAGCGUCUGGCAAAAGAAUGGCAUCCGGACAAAAACAAGAGUCCAGGAGCUGAGGACAUGUUUAUUAAGAUUACUAAAUCUUAUGAGAUCCUGUCCAGUGAAGACAAACGUGCCAAUUACGACCGUUAUGGGCAGACUGAUGACACGCAGCCAUACGGCGGCAACGGUCGCUACGGUCAGCGCCAGGAAGGCUUUUAUUUUGAUGAGUCCUUCUUCAACUUUCCCUUUAACAGCAAGAACCAGAGGGACUUUGCUGACAGCAAGUACACGUUGCACUUUAACCAGUAUGUCAACGAGGUGGUGCCUGACAGCUACAAGAGACCGUAUCUGAUAAAGAUCACGUCCGACUGGUGCUUCAGCUGCAUCCACAUUGAGCCUGUUUGGAAAGAGGUGGUUCAGGAGAUGGAGACUCUAGGUGUCGGGAUAGGUGUGGUGGAUGUUGGCUAUGAAAGAAGGUUAGCCAAUCACCUUGGCGCUCACCGCACACCAUCCAUACUGGGAGUUAUAAAUGGCAAAGUGACGUUUUUCCAUUACGCUGUAGCAAAGGAGCACCUCAGGCAGUUUGUAGAAGACCUUCUCCCUCAAAGACUUGUAGAGUGGGUCACCGACAAGAAUUACCUGCAGUUCUUGAGCAGCUGGCAUGAGCUCAACAAGCCUCAUGUGCUUCUGUUUGACCAAGUGCCUGUAGUUCCUCUGCUUUACAAGCUCACAGCGUUCGCCUAUAAGGACUACUUGCAGUUUGGCUAUGUGGACCAGGGCCUCUCAGAGACCGCUGAUCUGCAGAAACAGUUCAAUAUUAACACCUACGCUCCGACCAUGUUGGUGUUCAAAGAGAGCAUUGAAAAGCCCGCUGACAUUAUACAGGCUAAAGGAAUGAAAAAGCAAAUUAUUGAUGAGUUCAUGUCAAACAACCGUUUUCUUCUCGUGCCACGUUUGGUCAAUCAGAAACUCUUUGAUGAGCUCUGUCCUGUCAAACAGUUUCAUAGAAGAAGAAAAUACUGUGUCCUGCUGAUAACAGGCGAUGAAGAGACUUUUUCUUUUGGGAACCAUGCGUUUCUUUCCUUUGCCUCCACCAAUAGCAAGGAAGUAGUGAGAUUUUCAUAUGUUUACCAACGGCUACAGCAACCUCUCUGUGACAUCUUCAUGCAGAACAAGGACACUGCAGAGUCUCCAGCACAGGUGGUUAUCCUGGAGAGGCGUAAUGCUGCAGGGAAGGCCUUGUUCAAGCCAGUGACCGCCUGGAACGGCAGCGAUGACGACAAGCAGCGUCUCCUGGAGGAGCUGGAGCGCCUUCAGAAGGACCCGUCCAUCCUCGUCCAUGACGCCAUGCUGCCCGAGCUCAACAACGAGUUUGCCUCUAUGUUUGUUAUCCGAUGGAUCUAUGCAUCGUACGAUUACCUAUCUGAAGUCAUCGAUGAUAUUCUGCAUAACAACUGGCGUGAGAUGAUGCCUCUUCUGUCCCUCAUCUUCUCUGCCUUGUUCAUCUUGUUUGGAACUGUCGUCGUCCAGGCCUUCAGUGACUCCAGUGAAGAUAAGCAGACUAAACCAAAGGCAAAGGAUUGGACAAAAUCUGAAAAUGGGUCACCAGGGAACGGUAGUGCGUCAAGUCGGCCUCCAAAGAAGAAUUUUGUGGAGGUGACAGAGCUGACAGACAUCACAUACAUGAGCAACCUGGUGAAGCUGAGGCCAGGACACAUGAACAUAGUGCUGGUGCUCACUGACGCCUCCAAAAACAUCCUACUUGGCAAGUACGCUAAAGAGGUCUACUCUUUCACAGGGAGCCUGACACUACAUUUCUCCUUCCUGAACAUCGACAAACACGGCGAGUGGAUGGACACACUGCUCGAAUACGCCCAGGACGCCAUGCAGAUCGAUGAAGAUGACGCAGGAAACCACAAGAUGGACUACACAGGCUACGUGCUGGCACUCAACGGACACAAAAAGUACCUCUGUCUGUUUAAACCCGUCUACACCGGGGAAGACAUAGACAGCAAGUCAUCAGAGGAUGAAGGGGCCGCUUCAGGGGGGAGGUCGAGGUCCAGUUCCCGCGAUGACAAUCCGCCGCGCAGAUCCAAGCGAUCCCGUAGCUUAUCCACCCUGCAGAUCCACCACAAGCUGGACCGCCUGGGGCUAUGGAUGGAAAGGCUCAUGGAAGGCACUUUGCCUCGCUACUACAUCCCUACGUGGCCAGGACUUGACAAGAUCACCCCCAGUAAAUAGAUGGAGGCGAGUGAGAAAGGGACUUCUUAUUUAUCUACUGUCACACCAAAAUGAAUCCCCUCGUGUUCUGCUGCCAUUUUUGCACUUGAGAUAUUUAAUAGUUACAGAUGUUUUUUAAGGUGCAAUGUGUAAGACCGAGUCAGGUGAAUCAACGGGGCAGCGUUUUACCUCUACCACUGGGUCCGUACAAUCUCAAUUUACUAGUUACUAAUAAUUUACUAACUAAUGUGCUAUUAGCUUAAAAAACGACUGUCGAAACUCUGAGAGCCAAUCAGAAAUAACACUGCAAUCUUCUUUUUGAUCUUUGUUUUUACCGGCCACUUACCAGAGGCCCAUACUACGAAGCCGGUUCAACCUAACCUGGAUGAUAUGUUUGAGUUACCCGGCUUACCUAAUCCAAAACAA